GAAGGCAGGAAUUUUGUGGGGAUUGUGCUCAAGCCCUAAGUGCCUUCGUGCAUUGACUCCACUUUUCGCGACUACCUCGAGGUUUUUCUUGUGCCCACCAAGCGAAUUUUCUUUUCCUCGAUCGUGAACCGAGCAGACGACAACCUCAGCACACCGCAGAGGUCGACAAUCCGCAAAGAUGGCUCCCACGACCGUCCCGACUCAGAACGAUGUUCUGGUUCCCGAGACCCUCCUGAAGAAGCGCAAGUCGCAGGAGAAGGCGCGCGCCGAGCGCACUGCCGAGCAGGACAAGCAGAAGAAGGCCAACAAGGAGAAGCGUGGCGUCAUCUUCAAGCGUGCCGAGAAGUACGUCAAGGAGUACCGCGAUGCCGAGCGCGAGAAGAUCCGCCUGAACCGUGUCGCCAAGCAGGAUGGUUCCUUCUACGUCCCCGCUGAGGCCAAGCUGAUCUUCGUCAUCCGCAUCAAGGGUAUCAACAAGAUCCCCCCCAAGCCGCGCAAGAUCCUUCAGCUUCUUCGUCUCCUCCAAAUCAACAACGGCGUCUUCGUUCGCAUUACCAAGGCCACCUCGGAGAUGAUCAAGGUCGUCGAGCCGUGGGUUGCCUAUGGCUACCCCAACCUCAAGAGCGUCAAGGAGCUCAUCUACAAGCGCGGAUACGGCAAGAUCAACGGCCAGCGCAUCCCCCUCACCGACAACGCGAUCAUUGAGGAGAACCUUGGCAAGUACGGCAUCAUCUGCAUGGAGGACCUGAUCCACGAAAUCAUGACCGUCGGCCCCAACUUCAAGCAGGCCUCCAACUUCCUGUGGCCCUUCAAGCUUAGCAACCCCAACGGCGGCUUCCGCACCCGCAAGUUCAAGCACUUCAUUGAGGGUGGUGACCUUGGUAACCGGGAGGAGCACAUCAACGCCCUGAUCCGGCAAAUGAACUAAAAAAGGCGGCUUGGGUGGUUUGCGGUUUUGGUCUUGGUCAUGAGUGGCAUGGGUGCUCGGCGUUUAACGUGACAGCCAGGGUGGCUCACAGGGAAGGAAUAUAACACGAUGUCGUUCUUGCGCACCACAUCUGAUUCACCCUCAAGAUUUCUGUUCUAGUCUACUGCCGUUGCCUGGGACACGACCGAAUCUACAGAGUUGCCAGCGC